UAAAGCAACCACUGACCUGAAAGGCUUGGAAAAUAAAAUAAGAUGAAGACUGGAAACUUCAGAAGCAGGCUGUACGGGUUAUUUACAAUAGACAAUACCACCUGCCUCCUAUUUGUUGGAAAAAUUCAUCACGUUAUCUUGAAGUUACACAUAUAUCAUAAGCCUCUUAAAAAGCUGUCUCAGUCUUUUGCUGCAAGACAUGAUGAAGUUACCGAGUCUGGAGGAAAUAUUAACUUUAUUAACAAUGAACAAUUCUUUUAGGAAGAAGUUCUCGCUACCAAAUGCAAACCAAUGCCUGGUUUUUGGGUGCAUUUUAUUUGUCUUCAUUAUGGUCUUAAAAUAUUCAUUUAUGGACUGCGACCUGAAUAACUCCAUCCAAAUAAGGAAUCGGCAUAUUGCGCACUUCCGGAAUCACUACUAUAUGGCUUUGAACUUGUCGGUCAGUGACAGAAAGAACUGUACUAAAAUUAUUGAAGGUGACUUGGAUGAAGUAAGACAGACUUUGCAUGACAAUUUGGAUAUUAAAAAAAGACAAGUUAUCAGUAGUAAUACAGACUACAUAAACCAAACCAAAGACUGCGCAACAUUUAAAGGAAUAAGGAAGUAUGUUCUGUUUAGUCUAACCAACGAAGAAAGAAAUUACCCCAUUGCCUACUCCAUGGUAAUCCAUGGGGACAUUGAGCUGUUUGAGAGACUAUUAAGAUCAAUUUAUACUCCCCAGAAUAUUUACUGUGUGCAUGUAGAUCGGAAAUCUCCGGACACUUUUCAUCAGGCUGUACAAGCCAUAGCUUCCUGCUUUGACAAUGUGUUUGUUGCCUCUAAGUUGGAAAGGGUAGUAUAUGCUUCAUGGUCACGUGUCCAGGCUGAUCUGAACUGCAUGGAAGACUUACUGAAUAGUACAGUACAAUGGAAAUACCUUAUCAAUACCUGCGGAGCAGAUUUCCCAUUGAAGACAAAUGCUGAAAUAGUCACAGCCUUAAAAUUAUUGAAGGGGAAAAACAGCAUGGAGUCUGAACCACCACCUGAACAUAAAAAAGUGAGAUGGGAAUACCAAUACAAUGUUACAGAUAACAUUGAGGCGACUGGUGUUAGGAAAAAUCCACCACCUUUAAAUGUGCCUAUAUUCAGCGGCAGUGCAUAUAUAGUGGUCACCAGAGAAUUUGUGAAAUCUUUGUUUGAAACAGACUUUGCAAGAGAAUUUAUGGACUGGGCAAAGGACACUUACAGUCCUGACGAGUUCCUCUGGGCUACACUUCACAGGGUUCCCUGGAUGCCUGGAUCUGUCCCCCAGCACAGAAAAUAUGACACAUCCGACUUGAAUGCACUAGCAAGGUUGGUAAAAUGGGGUGGCCAUGAAGGAGACAUUAAGCAAGGAGCCCCUUAUUCCACAUGCACUGGGCAACACAGAAGAAGUGUAUGUGUGUAUGGGACUGGGGAUCUGCACUGGAUGCUCCAGCAGCAUCAUUUCUUUGCCAACAAAUUUGACCCAAGGGUAGAUGAUAAUGUUAUUCAGUGUUUGGAGGAGCUUUUAAGAUUCAAGUCCUUCUAUGGAAAGAUCAUAUAACAGAUACUGCUUUUUUUUAUAAAAAACAAAUUUAUUGCAUGUGGCAAUAUUGUUGGACCUCUGGAUUAGGGUGACCACAUAUCCCGGAUUGACCGGGACAGUCCCGCAU